AUGAAGCUUCCUCGACCCGCUCUCCUCCUACUGCUCCUCCUCGCCUCCGUCGCACUACUACCGCUCUUCGCCUCCUCGCGCACUCUUCCGCCUAAGCAGCAGCCCACAGGUGGGGAGAUUCCGCCAGCUAAGGGGGGAAACACCACCACCCCCCCCCGCCAUCGGCGCCAUGGGGCGAACGGGACGGCAGCGGCGGGGAACCGAACGAAGGGCGGGCAUCCGAACAAGGGUCACCAUCGCGGGAACGGCACUGCGGCGGGGGGACCUUCGCCAAAGCCGCCAACGAACGGAAACGUGAAGAAUGGAAAUGCGCCGAGUGGUCAGAAGAACGGUGGCGCGCAGCCGAACAAGAAUGGCGGCGGAGGCGGUGGCGCGCAGACGAACAAGAACGGUGGCGCGCAGACGAACAAGAACGGUGGCGCGCAGACGAACAAGAACGGUGGCGCGCAGACGAACAAGAACGGUGGCGCGCAGACGAACAAGAACGGUGGCGCGCAGACGAACAAGAACGGUGGCGCGCAGACGAACAAGAACGGUGGCGCGCAGACGAACAAGAACGGUGGCGCCCAGACGAGUAAGAACGGUGGCGGCGGCGGCGGCGGCGCCAAUAAGCCGCGUCGACCGAAGCAAAUUGCUGAGGAGGACUGUAGCAGCUUCUUUCCGACCCUUCCCAUUAUCCCCUCUUCUCCUCUUCUGUCCCCUCCUCCCAUGCACUUCCCCCUCACCCCUCCUCCUGCCACCUCUCCCUCUCUCCCGCCAUCUCUCCCUCUCUCGCAUCGCCCCCCUCCUCCUCCCCUCAUUUCUUCCCUUCCAACGCAUUCCCACUUUUUCCCCUUUCCAUGA